AUGGCGUCCGCACUCUUCUUCCUCGACCUGAAGGGCAAGACCCUCUUGGCCCGCAACUAUCGCGGAGACAUUCCCAUGUCCGCGGUCGAGAAUUUCCCCAUCCUCCUGAGUGACGCCGAAGAAGAAAGCUCCGCAGUGCCUCCCUGUUUCUCCCACGAGGGAAUCAACUACCUUUAUAUCCGCCACAGCAACCUCUAUAUUCUCGCAUUGACCAAGCGAAACACAAAUGCUACCGAAAUCUUACUCUUCCUCCACAAGUUGGUGGAGGUCUUCACCGAAUAUUUCAAGGUGCUGGAGGAGGAGAGUAUCCGGGAUAACUUUGUCGUCAUUUACGAAUUGCUUGACGAAAUGAUGGACUUUGGAUACCCGCAGACAACAGAGACUAAGAUUCUCCAAGAAUACAUCACCCAAGAAUCACACAAGCUGGAUGUGCAAGCUCGACCACCCAUCGCCGUCACAAACGCCGUCUCUUGGCGUAGCGAGGGGAUACGCUACCGCAAGAAUGAGGUCUUCCUGGAUGUGGUUGAGUCCCUCAACCUGCUGGUCUCAGCGAACGGAAACGUCCUCCGCUCGGAGAUUCUAGGUGCCGUGAAGAUGAAGUGUUACCUCAGCGGUAUGCCGGAAUUGCGAUUGGGAUUGAACGACAAGGCCAUGUUCGAGACCACCGGCCGUGCCACACGCGGCAAGUCGGUCGAAAUGGAAGACGUGAAGUUCCACCAGUAUGGUGAAUUCGAGCUCAUGAGUUACCGACUGAACACACAAGUCAAGCCCUUGAUCUGGGUAGAGUGUGUGGUCGAAUCACACUCGGGAUCCCGAGUCGAAUAUAUGCUCAAGGCCAAAGCCCAGUUCAAGCGCCGCAGCACAGCCAACAACGUCGAGAUUCUCGUCCCGGUCCCCGAGGAUGCAGACUCCCCGCGCUUCCGCACUAAUAUCGGUACCGUGCACUACGCCCCCGAAAAGUCAGCUAUUAUCUGGAAGAUCAAGCAAUUCGGCGGUGGCAAGGAGUUCCUCAUGCGAGCAGAGCUGGGUCUGCCUUCAGUCAAGGGCGACGACGAGCGCGGCGGUGGUAUGACGGGUGGAUUCGGAGGUAGCAUGGGUGGUGCUGGAAGCAUUGGAAAAUCGAAGAGGCCCAUCAACGUCAAGUUCGAAAUUCCCUAUUUCACGACCAGUGGUAUCCAAGUGCGGUACUUGAAGAUCACUGAACCCAAGCUGCAAUACCCAUCCCUGCCCUGGGUGAGAUACAUCACACAGUCCGGUGACAUUGCCAUGCGUAUGCCGGAUGUGCAAUGA